AUGAGCCAGGACUCUGAGAACAUCAAUCCUCUCCAGAAACGGUCCGCGUCAACAGCCUACAGCCAACUGGACACAGAACAUCCACUGGAAGUCCAGAACAUGGUUCCUCUUAAAAGGAUCGCCGCUUUAGUUUACGUCUUCUCGGAGACGUUGAUCAGCCUGACCUUAAGCGCGAGUAUUUUAGUUAUUAUUUUAAAGGACAGGAGCAGGAACACAAAUUUGCCGCUCUGUGAUCAGAUCCACAUUGCUAUGGGUCUGGUAAACAUCGUGCUGCAGUGUGCAGUCAGUGCGCACGGCGCUAUGUAUUUCAUUGAUUCUCCGAUUCUAUAUGUAAAAGAAAUGUUCCAGACCUUCUUCAUUCUUCUGCCAUUCCUAGUUUAUUUCAGCUUCUGGCUCAAUGCCUGGCUCUGCGUUUAUUACGCCACCAGCGUUUCCAGCUUCCAUCACCGGUUCUUAGUUCGCUUGAAGAGCAAAUUCCCAGCAAUGUUACCGAAACUCAUGUUGGUGUCAGCGGUGGGAUCAUUCGUCAUAAGUGUCCCCACCAUGUGGAAUGUUUACCUAGAAAUGCCACCAGAGUCAAAUGGGAAUAUGUCUACAAACGCCACUUCUGGCAGCAAAAUCAUACAAAUAAACCCCUUAUAUCAGCUAUCAAUCGCUUCUCUGGGCUGCUUCGUGCCCUUCACGCUCUCCGUCCUCUGUAUUGGCCACACGCUGACCUCUGUACUGAGACACGUCUGGAGGGUAAAGCACAAUGAAUGCGGAGUCUCUCGCCCCAGUCUGCAGGCUCACGUCCGGGCCGCCGUCACAAUGAUCCUGCUUCUGUUUCUGUAUCUGAGUUUCUACUUGUCUCAAGCUUUCAGUUUUGUUUGUGAUUACAUCACCGAAGACGUCCUCUCCAUAGUAAGCUGGAUUUUUAUCGAUACGUUUCCGGCGGCCGAGUCCUUGAUCAUUAUCCAGGCCAGCUCCAGGCUAAGAAAAGCCUUUCACAUAAAGUUAUUUUGGUGA